CCGUUCCUAUACUUUACAUGAACAGAGUCUCUCUACUAUAGGGUGACUGUCUCUCUAGAAAACUGCGUCUCUAUGGUGAUGACGUACACGUCGUUCAGUACGCAAGGCGGCGUGUUCUCCUGCCUUCUGAGCUGACCUAUCUGACAAGCGCUUUAGUGAGCGCGGAAGUCAAUCAGUAUUUGGUAGGGCUACUACGAUUUGUUGCUGUCUCCGAGACUCAGGAGCCGGCCGUUGGAGGAGGGUUGGAUUUUUAUAGAGAACCUCCGGCUGAUCAGGGGCAUGGCGUUCAACUUUGGUGCCACCACCGGGACGCCGGCCAACCAAGCUAAUACUGGAUUUUCACUUGGCACGUUUACACCUAAGACUACUACAUCAGGGUUUGGUUUUGGUACAACUACCACAACUGCAUCAACAGGCUUUGGAGGAUUUGGAGGGCUGGAAUCGGUGACCUCCAAUGCCAGUGGGUUUAACGUUGGGGGGUUUGGACUAGCUGCUAAUCCAGCUUUAAACUUUAACAUUGGGAAUUUCAGUGUUUCUACUCCAGCAGCACCCUUCAAUUUUGGUAACAGCCUGGCAAGUGCAGGUGGAUUUGGAGGCUUUGGAACAACUACAACUGCACCUACUGGGUCAGCUUUUAGCUUCACUACUCCAGCAAACACAACUUCAGGUCUCUUUGGUGCUACACAAAAUAAGGGAUUUGGGUUUGGAACUGCUUUUGGGCCAACUACAACAAACACUGGUCUAGGUACUGGCCUUGGAACAGGUUUGGGUUUCAGUGGAUUCAAUACAUCCCAGCAACAACAGCCUGUGCUUGGAGGUGGUCUUUUCAACCAAUCUGUUCAAAGCAACCCCCAGUCAAACCAACUUAUAAACACUGCUAGUGCUCUUUCUGCACCAACUUUACUUGGGGAUGAGCGAGAUGCAAUCUUGGCAAAGUGGAACCAACUUCAGGCCUUUUGGGGAACAGGAAAAGGCUUUUUUAUGAAUAACACACCUCCUGUGGAAUUCACCCAGGAAAACCCAUUUUGUAGAUUUAAGGCUGUUGGUUUCAGCUAUAUCCCUAAUAACAAGGAUGAAGAUGGUUUGAUAUCGCUUGUCUUCAACAAAAAGGAAUUGGACAUCAGAGUCCAGCAACAACAGCUAGUGGAAUCUCUGCACAAAGUCCUUGGGGGACACCAGAUAUUAACUGUGAAUGUGGAAGGUGUUACAGCUAAAGCAGAUGACCAAACAGAAGUCAUAAUCUAUGUUGUAGAGCGGUCUCCUAAUGGAACUUCAAGGCGUGUUGGAGCCAGCGCUCUUUUCAGUUACUUUGAACAAGCGCACAUCAAAAGUAAUCUGCAGCAGCUUGGAGUCACAGGGACAAUGGCCAGAACAGAACUUUCUGCAGCACAGAUUAAACAACUCAUCCAUAACCCUCCUUCAGGUGUUGAUCCAAUAAUCUGGGAACAAGCCAAAGUGGACAAUCCAGAUCCUGAAAGGCUCAUCCCUGUUCCUAUGAUUAGCUUCAAGGAGCUGCUUAGAAGACUUGAAGUCCAAGAUCAGAUGACAAAGCAACACCAGAGCAGACUUGAUAUUGUUUCGGAAGAUAUUGGUGAACUUCAGAAAAACCAAACUACAACAAUGGCUAAAAUUGCCCAAUACAAAAGGAAACUAAUGGAGCUUUCUCACAGAGUACUUCAGGUUUUAAUAAAACAAGAAAUACAAAGGAAGAGUGGAUUUGCUAUUCAAGCAGAAGAAGAGCAAUUACGUGUACAGCUUGACACAAUCCAGAGUGAACUUAAUGCACCCACUCAGUUUAAGGGUAGACUCAAUGAACUAAUGUCACAAAUAAGAAUGCAGAAUCACUUUGGAGCAGUACGAUCUGAAGAAAAAUAUUAUGUUGAUGCAGAUCUUUUGAGAGAGAUCAAACAGCAUCUAAAACAACAACAAGAAGGUCUGAGCCAUUUGAUCGGCAUUAUCAAAGACAACCUUGAGGAUAUAAAACUAAUUGAACAGGGACUAAAUGAUAGCCUUCACACGAGAACUGGAUUUUUAAGCUGACAAGGCUCACAAACUGUUAAUCGUUGGAUAUGGCUGGCAACUGCAUUUUUCAGUUUAACAUCUGGAACAAACUUCUACAAGGCUUUAGUUACUCUGUUAGCAAUAAAGUAGUUAUUUUAUCUUCUCUACCACCAUAUCCUUUCUAUAGGAGCAUCUCAUUAAAAUUCUAUUAGAAAACAAAUCUAAAAGUCUUUAUAUUACUCUUUACAGAGUAGGCUUUGCGAGUGAUGUUUGCAUUCUGAAACGGGCACCUAUAAACUUCUAGUGUAUCCCUUGGACCAUUGCUCUUAUGCACUGUAACUGUUAACUAAAGCUGGCCAUAAAUAUUGAGAUUUCAUUUUGCUGUGCAUGAUUUGGCCACCUACGCUCUGGUCCCUGGAGCUGUGAUCUGAUCAGCUGAUUUGGCCCAAAGAUUGGAUCAUUCUGCAGGUCUGAGAAGAAAACUGCAACAAUGCAAAGAUGUGAUCCUCAUCAAACCUGCACGAUGGAUAUCUGCCAGAUAUCAAUUACGAAGGCCCCCCACAAAUGGGCCAAUAAGCUGCCAACUCGGUAUGGAGGAGCCAAAUCAGUAGCUUCUAUUGUCCCAUGUAUGGUAAACUUGGGUUGGAUGAUGCAUUUAAAGUUAAACAAGAGUGCCAUUUGAUGCAAGCCUACUUUGUGUUGUCCUGAAUGAACAUGCUACACAAUAUUAGAAAUACAGUACUGCCAAUUCUCCUUGAAUAAGUUGUGAGUUUACCUAUAAAACUAUUACGCAAUAAAAAGCAUUUAAUUCUUUAAAAAUGUAUAUAGCACUAAACAUGAGAGUACUCCAGAAGGUAAAAAUGUUCCUAACUUCUGUAAAAGAUGUUUGUACAUGCUUUUUUUAAUACGUUGAAUGUUAAAUGAAAAAUGCUUCAAAUUA